AUGAAUAUUCUACAACUACCUGCAAAAGCUCUCCGGUGUACACUUCAACACUGCCAGCUUCUGGACAUAUUGAAUUUCUCGUUUGUCUCAAAAAAGACGAAAAAUCUUGCAAAGUCUUUGCAUCGAUUUGUCUUUUUGGUUAUAGUGGACAUUGAUGAUUUUGUGGAAAUUAAAAUUAAACUCACCCAACGCCAUGGUCAACUCAAAUUCACAUUUUUCUCUAACAUGCAUCGGAGUCUUCCCGUCGAAGAUCCCAUGUUUUUUGAGAUUCAACUUUUCAAUAGUGGAAUGAGCAUUCCGAGCAUGGGAAUACGAAAGUAUGUUGAUCACCUACUGGAUGUUUUAAAUCGGGCAAAACUCGACGAAUUCACUAUAACCAGAGACAACUAUUGCACUCAAUCGAUUUGCGACGAGUUCAAGGAUCUCGACAUUUGUUGCUUUAUGAAUCCCGGAAAAAUGUCAGACUCGUUGUUUCAUCAGAAGAUUAUGAGACAGAUUGCAAGUAAAAGCGACAGGAUUGAUCUCAGUACUCCAGUAUUUGAAUCCAAAACUCACACAACUCAAGAGUUCUUGGUUCAAAACUUCGAUGUCUUACGAGUGAUGUAUUUUUAUGAGUACAAUCUUAAUGAUAUUCUCUCCACAAACAGCAUUGUAGUUUUUGGGCAAGUUGUUAUUGGCAUAAAUCAGUUCAACUUGUUUGUCAGACAUUGAAUCAACGGAUCCAAUCCAAGGCUCGAGUACUUUGAAAUUAAUGUCCCGAGCAGAAUGAGCGUAGAGGAUGAUCUUUCGGUAAUCUUGGACAAGGUGUACUAUCAUAAACAACCAGAUAGUCUUGUAAGAGAGUUUCCACUAUCUGUACAAGGAUAUGACCAGUUCAUCACAAGGUUUAAGAACAGAAUGAUAAAAGGUGGAGUGGAUAUCAAAAGAGCGAAUGGAUCAAUAGCAACUUUGAAAUGUUGCAUUGUUCAGAGAUUUCUUAAAAUUCAAAUGUUUAUAUUUAAAGAUGAUAAUGAUACAUGA